UAAACACAACAACGGCUGCUGCUGUGGCUGCUGCUGCUGCUGCUGCUGCUGUCAAGAACAACAACAAUAUGUUUACAUUCCCUACACAACCUCAACCUCAACAACAACCACAACAACAACAACCAAGUACACCUACGAGUUCUACUCCUGCUGCACUCAAGACAGCUACCACUGCUCCCUCUAUGGACUAUGAUGGUGUGAAUCGUGUAUUAACUAAGCGAAAGAUUCAAGAACUUGUAUCUCAAAUAGAUCCAUCUGAACGAUUAGAACCUGAAGUAGAAGAUAUUUUAUUGGAAAUUGCAGAUGAAUUUAUAGAGUCAGUCACUACAUUUGCUUGUCAUUUAGCCAAGCAUCGUAAAUCAGAUACAUUGGAAGUGAAGGAUGUUCAGUUGCAUUUAGAACGCAAUUGGAAUAUUCGCAUACCGGGAUUUGCUGCUGAUGAUAUUCGACCCUUAAGAAAGCCUACGACUCCUUCUUCACAUCAAUCUAAAGUUCAAGCUGUGAGUGCUGCUAAAUCUCAAAUUGCCAAUAGUUCAUCUAAAAAGGACAACCAAUAAAUAUCUUUAUUUUUUCUUUUAAAAAAAAA